UCAGGUGUGAUUCUUGAAGUGAAUAUCUACCUGUACAAAGGUGUGAGUGUAUGUGUGUGUGCGUGAGUCGUCGUUUUCAAAAAGGUGUGUCUUUUCAAACAGGUGCGACAGUGUGUGUGUUUGCACCGGUGCUGAAGAAGAAUUCGAUGAGGGGAUUUGUCACUUAAAACAAAAGGAAAAUAUUUACAUUAAGUCUUUUGAAGUAUGGUAACUUCCAUCGCAUUUCUUGACGGCGCUAGGAAGCAAUAUUUAUUACGGAGCCAAAGUUGGCAGUGUUUAGUUUGUGUUAUUGAUACAUAAUCAGGGAGUAUUUCUGGAACUGAAGAGUACCACGUGUUGGUGGUACACAUACCCAUCCACCCUCCGUGUGGGGGGCGUGCGCAUUGUUUCUAUGUGUGUUUUCUGUGAGAUCGCCCAUUUCAUGCAGAAUUUUCACGCCGGAUACCUGUUUUACUUAAACACAGAAUACAUAUUGUUUACCGACAUGCAAGAUUCGACGGGAGGAGAACUACCACGCAUGAAGGUGAGGAAAAGAGAAUGAAGUUUAUUUUUUCAGAAAUUGGUUACCUCUGACAACACUGUGUUAUUCUCGCUCAGUGGGCUGCAAAAUGGAUACAGCCACGCAGGAUGGUAUUUCGGCUAAUUCGCAAAAUACCUCGGAGAGAGUUGACGAAGAUAAGAAAAGGAUGGAUAGAGACGGACCAAAUGUUUCCAAAAAGAAACGCAAGACACGCAGCCGCAAGAAAAAGCAAGCACCACAUUCCAAGCGCCAUGACGUUGACAGAUCUCAUGGCGUGCCCACGUCGUCUACCGACGAAACGCCGGAAGUUGUCUUACCAAACAGCUGUUCCCAAAACCCGCCCGAACCGAAAACGCAGACUCGUAGUGGUUCUAAAAAACGCUUUUCCGGUCUGUUUAAACGAAAAAGCAGGUCAGAAAGUAGGUCGAGAAGUACUUCCGAAACAGAUUUAUCUAAACUGGGUAAAAAUUCCACUUCAAAGCGACACCAGAGUGCCGAGGAUAUUAAAAGAGGAACGACGGCGCCCAGUGAAAACGUGGACGCGUAUGAGGUCUAUGACGUCACGAAGCAACCUCGGAAUCGAUUACAGAGAAUGACGGUGCGUGACGCCGUACGCGAGAGACGACGUUACACGUCGGGGUCGCGUCAAAGGUUAUCUAUGUUAGAAAAACAAAUAGAGAUCGAGGAAGGCACAAAAGGUAGCUCAUUGCCUGACGUCAGCUCUGCCGGCCUCGAUGCCGACACUCGAACCAAAACAUCUCCAACCAAUGUAAAUGUUCGAGGAAGUGCAAGUUUACCUCGGCAAAAAUUGAAAAGAAAAGACAGAAGUGAAACGGAAUCUGUGAAAGUUAAAAGUGAUAACUUAAAGACGCCCAUAACCCCAGACCCGGUCAGUAUUGAAGUACAGCCUUCUGAAACAUUACCAGAGGAAGUGAAACCUGUUAGCAUUUUAAAACAUCCUAAACCAGUCGAACCUUCUCCUCAUAUCAGUGUCAUUACAUCUCAUAGUGUGUUAGUGCAUGAAAGUCCCAAGGGACAAGACUCACUACCCCAAACUGAAUUAAGGGGGCAAUUAAAUACCCAACAACCAUCUUCUAAAUCGCCAUCUUCUGACAAACUCCAUCCCGAACAGUCAGCACAAACUAAAGAACAGACAACAACCCGGUCUCAUUCCCCUGUGAUAUCAGUGCCACAUUCACGUUCGAGAGCCGCCAGUCGGUGGAAAAUGGCCAUCGAAGACGUUAAAGCGAAACGUAGAAAAGAAACACUUUCAAAAUUCCUCGAACUGAGUAGGUCUCUUCCGUCUUAUUCAUCAUCAUCCAUCGCCCGAAUGCAAGUCAGGGAUUUGUCACCAUUUUGUCCCUUUAACAUUGCGAGGCUUGCAUCUCAAAAGAAAGAUUUGUCACCUUCGAAGAUUUUAUCUCCAAACCAAACUCCUAGAGAUUUGUCACCUUGGAGAGUUGCGUCUCCAAACCAAACUCCAAGAGAUUUGUCACCUUGGAGGAUGUCAUCUACAAACCAAACUCCUAGAGACUUGUCACCUUGGAGACGACUCCGAGAAGUUGUCGAAAGUCCCGCUUCGGGAAAUGUGUUAAAACCUAAAGUUGAUAGUGAAAUAAAGGCAACAAAACCAUCUCCUGACAUUGUAAUUGCCACCCCAAGUCCACCAAUGAAAGAUGAAGUAGGUGCUAAUGAUGAUGUUAAAAGCAGCGAGACAACAUAUACCACAAUGUCUGACAACAACGAAAAAGAGCAACAUUCAAAAGACAAAAGUCAGUUUCUAACUGCACCACAGCUUGGUAGGUCUCUCAGUGUUGGUGGUAGGUCACAGAACUCGACUAAAACGUGCUACAGGAGCAACUCUGCUAGCAGCGAACCAGCAGGUGGCACUAAGAGCCUUGGCGGUGAUGCUGAACAAAACAAUGUCCCUGUGAUGGGAACAAGCGUUCAGCAGAUAUACAGAAGAGCAUUCACUCCAAAACGAAGGCAAAGUGUUGAGAAUAAAGAACCAACUUUACAGACAUCAGAUAAAUUACCAUCAUCUGGAGGUGAUGCUUUCGAACAAUCACAUCCAGACAGUAAAGAAAACAAGUCGCAGGAUAGACAAGAUAAUUCUCCUGAUCGACAAACACUAUCGCCAGAUAGACAAACACUAUCCCCUGAUAGACGAACUCUCUCACUGUCUCCAGACAGAACUACUGAUUCAGAAUCAGCAGCUUGUGAAAACUCAGAAUUUGAUAGAACGUUAGAAAGAAGGGGACGAGAUUCUCAAAGGAGGAGGUACCAUGGCAGGUCUUUUCGUAGGAAAAAGGAGAAAGAGGAAGAUGAAGCGGAGGCCAAGGAAAAAGAUCAAGAGGAGAAAAAAGAAGUAUAUAUAACGCGAAUUGCUGUUGAAAUGUGCGAUAGGUCAACACAGACCUCAGAUCUAGACCUUUCUGUGAAAACGUCCAAAAAGCUUUCAAAAUUGAAAAAGAAUAAUAAGAAAAACAAGAAAUUGAAACAAACGGCUUUGCCUGUUCAUGAAUAUCCUGUCAAAGAAGAGAAAAUAGUAAUACAUGCCUCAAAGGAAAAUGUACAUGAAGACGAACCUCCAGUUGAGGAUAAACCUUCAGAAAUAAAAAGUGAAGUGCAGGACGAACCCCCCAAGCAAGAAACAAAAGAUGAAGUAGACGAGGAACAUAAGGAUAGCCCAAAGCCGAAACCAAAGAAAUUGUCAUUUGCUGCGAUAGUUUUACUAAAAGCUAAGCUAGCAAAGCGCAAGAAACUAGCAGAAGAAGAUAAGGACAAAAGUAAGCAAAUUCAUGAUGCCGAUAUUCCAUAUGACAUAUUCACAAUAGAAAAUGAAAUCAACUUGCAGAAACUAGCUGAAAUAAAAGAGACAGAUAUCUUAGAUGAUGAGAUCGUAGAGCCCGAGAUGAGCAUUGAGAUCCCACGAAAGAAGUUGAGAUUUGAACCCAUGCCCUCUGACGAACCUGUCCAGAGUGAGGAACCGCUCCCACCCUUCCGUCCCAGAUCUUCCAUCAGGCGAAACAGCACCAUCAGGGAGAAGCGAAAGAAGUGUCUUCACUGCUGCAAGCGCUUCACCGCUUUCCUCUUUUCACACAUUGGUUUGUGUUCGCUGGUGGUCGCCUACACCAUCAUGGGUGGCUUCAUCUUCAAGGCCAUAGAAGGUCCUUUCGAGGAAAAGACAAAGACCUUCAUCAGGUCCGAGCGAGAACAUGUAGCCACGAAGGUUCUCCAGCAUGCUGUGGCGCUACAGCUGUCGGACAUGGGGAGAGACAAUUUUACCACGGCUGUUCGAGAACAGCUGCAGGCGUUUCAGGAAGUAAUAUUUAGAGAAACGAAAGAACAUGGGUGGGAUGGGAAGGACGCGCAGUCGGAUGUCCCUGAACAGCAGUGGUCCUUCGCCAGCUCCUUGCUGUACGCUAUCACUGUGAUGACAACGAUAGGUUACGGCCACGUGGCUCCCAAGACCGAUGAAGGAAGGAUUGUCACUAUAGCAUAUGCAGUUCUUGGAAUUCCAUUGACACUAUUGUGCUUAACCAACAUCGGUGACGUGAUGGCGACGGGCUUUCGGUUACUGUAUGGUAAAAUCUGCUGUGGUGUGUGCUGCCGACUGUUCGGCCCCAGUCGCAGGCAUCGCAUCCCGGACAUAGAGAAGGGAAUCGGCGCUCAGGUGCUGACGUCGGAAGAGGAGGAGGCCGACAAGCCAAAGGAGGUGAUUCGUGUGCCGACGUCGUUGUGCCUGCUGCUCAUCGCGGGCUAUAUCUUCGCCGGCGCCAUGUUGUUUUCCCUGUGGGAAAAGUGGGACUACUUGACAGGCUCGUACUUUUGUUUCAUCACAUUAAGUACGAUCGGCUUCGGGGAUAUCGUGCCGGGGACGGACCUGAACGCUUGGGCGCAGGAGGAGAAACUCGUGCUGUGCGCCAUGUACCUCGUGUUCGGGCUUUCCCUGAUCGCCAUGUGCUUCAACCUCGUGCAGGAGGACGUCAAGGCCAAGUGCAGGUGGCUCGGUACAAAGAUCGGAAUCAUCGAUAAACCGCAGUCAUCGGUGUGAACGCGAUGUGUGUGUGUGUGUGUAAUGUGUAUGUGUCGUUCUCCAUUUUCUUGUUGAAUUGUUUGUUCACUUCUCUCAUCUCCGAUUUCACCGUUCGUUAAUACAUUUGUUUUGUACAGUUUGGAUAUUUUCCCCCCUCUAUAUAAUAUAUAUUAUAUUAUCGGUGUUAUUUUUUAAAAGUUAAUGUGUGGAUACUUCACAGAUUAAGUAAAAAAAAAGUUUUAAUUUUCUGUGGUUUGUCAGAGUAAUUUUCAUGAAAUUUUAUUUUUGUGAAACAUUUUUAGAAUAUUGGAUUGUCUAAUGAUAUUUGCGAUAUACCCACUGUAGUAAAAGGUCUUAGAAAUGAUUUUAUAACAACGUCAGUUAAUGGAAAGUACAUUAUUGGAUACCUACACGGGAAUAAGUAUGAUGAAUAUCACUGCAAACGACUGGUAAUAAAUUAUUCUUGUUA